CGGUUCCUCCAGCGCCGCUCGGCCCUUGCUUCCCUCCCUCCUCAAGCACGCCACGCUCUGCUCGCCCAAACUGCACGCCGUGGCUCCCUCCCCCAAGCUCCCUUCCAUGGCGUCCUCCUUGCGCGCGCGAAGCCCCUGCGCUCGCCGGCGUUCCUCCCUGGCCCUCCCUGCCGCGCGCCCAGCCGCUCCUCCCUCCUCUGCGCGCUCUGCUUCUUUGUGCGCGCGGGCUCGCCGUCUCCAGCUCCUCGCCAUGGACGCACGCAGAUCCUUCAAGGUUUCCCCCAUGGCGCGCCCCCAGCCUCUGCUCCUCGGUUCUCCUUUCCUGUGCGCCAUCACAUCUCCCCUCAUCCAUGGUAGCUCCCUCACGGCGCUCCCUCUGCUCUCUCCCAUGGCGCCUCCCCUUGCUAGGAUUCCAGCGCCCGGAUCUUCUCUCUCCCAUGGCGCUCGGUCCUGCUCGACGCCCUGUCUCUCUCCCUCCGCUCACGCCCGCUUCCUGGCCGCGGUUUCUCCCUUCCCCGAAGCUCCCUCCUCCAGCCGCAAGCUCCCCCUGCUCGGCCUUCGUCCCCAUGGCGGCUUCCCCUCCUCGAGCUCUCUCGCCGUGGAUUCUCCCUGCGUGGACACCAGCCGAGCCCCCUGCGUCGCGCCUUGUUCCCCGCGCGCGCUCCAGCUGCUCUACUCCGGCUCGCGGAGCUCCCUUCCCUGCAUCCAUGGCAGCCAUCGCUGUUGAGUUCCCUGGCCGUCGCGCUCCCUGGUGGGUGAGCUGGCCGAGCUCCCUCUCCCGUAGUGCAUUGGCCUCCAUCCGAGCUCACCCUGGUCUGAUAGAGGUCCCUGCGAGCUCCACCAGUCUGACCCAAGCCGUCAUGUGCCUCUGGUCACUGCUCUUUGCCUUCGACUCCAUGGCUGUGGUGCUCAUUUCCCUCGCCGUGGAGCUCCUACGCGCACACCUCUGCUCGGCCUCUGCUCGAUGCCCAGUGCGCCGUUUCUGCUCCCUCGCCAUGGUCACCCAGCCCAGCCAUGCCUGUUCCCUCCCUGUGCUUGCCCCAGCCCCUGCUUUUCCCCUGGUCGCCCAUGGCACCGAUCUGUCCGCCCUGCCGUCGCUCAGCUCGUGCGUGCCCUGUGUAUUUUCCCUGCUCGGCGUACUCCCUCGCUGGUGGUCGAGCAGCUCACUCAUGGUGCCCAGCUCGUACUCCCUCGCCGGUGGUCGAGCAGCUCACUCAUGGUGCCCAGUUCGCGUCCACCUCCUCUGUUAUUGACACCAUGCGCUCGGCUUCUCUAGCGCCGAUCCACGCUCGUCCAUGUCGCCAUCGUCGUGUCGUCGCUGGUGAUAGCUUCUCGUGCCGUCGAGCCCGUCGUUUUCCCUGUCCAGUGCUCGCGCGGUUUCCUGCUCGCCAGCACGCCCUCUCGGCUCGCUCGGCCUUAAUCCCCAUCGCGUCAUUGACCUCGCCGUCGUCUUGGUCGUCGAUGCCACGCAACCAUCCACGUGUUGUAGUCCUCACGGACACCGCUUCACACCAUCACCCUGUUUUCAUCAUCCGUAGCGUCGUCGUCGGGAUGUCCUAGCUGCAACACCAGCGCCCUCGACCGUGCCCAAAGCUCUAUAUUGGAUUUAUCAGCGUGCUACUCGUCCGCUGGCUCCUCGCCGUCGACUCUCGGCACCACAAGCUCAUUUUCCCUUAUGCACAUCUCCUCAGACCCUGUUUUAUCACGCGUAUGCAUUAUCGAUCUCAUCAUCGUUUCGUGCAUCCUCAAGAAAUACAAAGCGUCGGGUGAAGACAAAGCUAGCAGCGUGAUAUUCACCAAGUGCUCGACAAAAAGCUCGAACAAGUUGUCGAUCGUCAUCCUCGUCUACGCCAAGAUCCGAGAAGAUUAGGCGCAGAAGAAAAUAAAUCAGUAUGUGGCCGGAGAAUACUCGAUGCGGAUAAAGAUGAAGUGUGAUUCGACGCAGCACUCACCCUAUUUCCGGUGAAAUGCUGAGCUGAAAGGCGUCGUCGAUUUCGUGGUUUCAAGUUGGAUUUAAUUGAUGGUACGAUAAUUAAUCACGUGAUGCGGAAGACGAACCAAGUCGACCCCAUGCGUGGGCAACUCCGCAUGGUGAUGCUGAUGGACGAACCUGCCUGAUCAAGUGCCAGGACAAGGAUGAUCGUCAAGUGAACAUCGCCUUACAAACACUAACCUAGUGUUAUUCAGGCAAGCCCCGGUGCAUUUGCCACCUCCUUGCUGUUUUAAAAUCUUUAUCACCUUGUUUGAUGCAUUAGGUGAUAGGAGUUGUGUGCUAAACCAUUGAUGCAUUUCCUUCCUUGGAACAUUGAUUUCCCUUCCAUGAUACCUUUUUGAAAAGAAUUUUAUGAUGCUUAGCAUUGCUUUAGCAAACAAAAAUGUUUUAUUUUAAAACAAAAGUGAUGCUUCAGUGGGUGGGAAGUUUUCAAAAAUAAAACUUGAUGGUGGAUCCAUCACGGCCGUGAUGGGUUCAACAUCGGAAAAGAUGUACCUCUACCAGGUACCAAACUUUGGGUUGAAAAUAAUAAAGGUGAGACCGGGCGGUUGACUUGCACGAGAAGGGAGUCUCGGUGUAGUGUCUCCGUCUGAGUCGAUUAAGGACCGUCUCGAUGUAGGCUUGAUGAUUGUGGACCUUUUAACUGGUCACAUGCCUCAUCAUGGGUAAGAUUUGCCUCGGGCAGACUAAUACCAGAAUAAAACAACACGCAAUGGGAGUGGAGAGAUGGCGAGAGUAGCGUGUACCCUCCGUGGCAAGAGGCUGGACGGUGGUGUAUCUAUGCUCUCGGUUGGCGUGAACCUGAUCUGGUCUUAAGAACCCCGGUGGCGAGUUGACAUAUGCAAGGGUUAAGUGCUACAUAUGUCGUGUGAUUGGAGAUCCCCAGCUGGGUAUUAAUCGAUUCAGAUCGUCGUUACUUCUCGGACAUGAAGACUUGGUCACUGACCUACACGUAGCAAUCCAGUGAACUAAAGGGAUGAUGAAAAGACGGCUAGUAUAGGCCAAGUGCUUGAACUAGGGUAGAAAGAACUCUAGAUGUAGGUAACUUUACUUAACUUGACAAGUAAAAAUGGAUUUUUAAGGAUCCACUCAUAGUAAGCUUUUCUGCAAAUCAGAGUCUUUGAUUCUUGAUAAGCCAUACCUUGAAUCCCUCUGCCAGCAUACCCUUGAGAGUCUUUUCUUUAGUCGGGUAAGUCUUGCUGAGUAAUUCGAUACUCAGGGUUUUAUUCCCUGUUGUUUUUCAGGUUAUAGUUUUGUGCUACUGAUGAUGGUGUUAAGUGCCGGUGGGCUCGGCCUUCUUAUAAGUCUAAGUAACUCUUCUAUACUUCUUAUUGAGGAUGGUCACUUAAGCUAGCAUAUAUUUCAAAACUAUAAAUAAUUUAUAACAUUUCAAAGUUUAUUCUUUGAACCUUUUUUUAAUCACUCCGAUCAUGUACAAUGUAAACUUGAUGUAACUUGUAAAAUUUGGUAAUAAGAUUUCCGCUGCAAAAUGUUGGUGUGUGUGAUUUGUGUUACUUAAUCUUGCGAUCCUGGUUAUAAGUGGUUUAUCCAGGGUCUUUGGGACACUCGGACAGAUCCUGUUAAGUUGUCUGGUGCACAUGCAUAGCCGUCUGAGGUCUUUGAGACAAGGGCAUGUGCAUGUGGGCCCAAUAACUUGGGAGGUUCUGCCACAGAAUCUAUAGAGCUAGAUAUAUUUUAAUGGGGAAUAAUCUAAGUUGACGAGUUAUCUUAUAAACAUUUUUAUGCCUAUAUGUAUAUGCAGAUGCAAUUAUGGACAUUACUCCAUAAUUCAUCACACUCAAUCAAAGAACCAAAUCAGACAGGUAUCAUAAGAACAAGCAUUCAAGCACAUAGAUACCUAUAAAAAUAGUUUUGUUUUUGUUCCUAAGAUUAGGUCUCCUAUUCCUAAGGGUCACUUUGGGUAUAGGAUUUCAAAGUGUGAAAUCCACUUUUGUCUUCAGAAGAGAAAAGGUAAGAGUAAUCAGAGUAAAGCAACAAUAGAUUAGAAAAGAUUAAGGAAAGUGUAGAAAGAAUUAGAGUAGCAAAGGUAAGUAGGUAAGGGUUGUCUAGUUCUAUCUAGGUUCGUCCUAUAGUCAACAUUCCUAUGAUACCACUUCUGUCACACCCGUGUUUUAGGGGCACCAAACUCGGGCGCGAACUUCAUCAAGUGUGUGCUAGGACCAAGUAUCAUACAUAUGAUGACUCAUGGUACAGAAACGAAUGUCACAUCUUUAAUAUAUAAUGGAGUUCUAUACAAAAUUAUUAAAUAAUUACAUCAUACGAAGACAACAAUCCAGCAACCAAACUUUACUAGGAGACAACGACCUAGUCCUCUCACGAACUCAUCGCGACAUCCUUCCUGCUCCUCAUCCUACAGUACCUUUUCUUGACCUGGGGGGAUGUGAGUACAACAAGGGUGAGCUCACAUAUAUUCAUCACUCAACAAGUUGUGGGCAAUAAUGUGCAUGAGCUCACUGGUGGGGGCUCAUGUGAAGUGUAAGGCUUACCAAAGGAGAUGGUUAAAGCUGAGUACACAUCCCCACACAUUAGGGUUUGGGGUUUUGCUUAGAUCAUAUCUGUUAUCGAACAAUUCACCGUUCAUCGGCUUGUUAUACCUCACCUCGUGAUCAACACAGUUUUGAUUGCGUUCUACCUGUUCUUGCUUGUGUUCUUGAUUGUGCUUGCAGGGAUAAGCCCUCGUGACGAGGUCACUCGUGUGUCACAGGUGAUAACCAACGGGGCAGUGGUGUAGUGGUUGCGAGGAUCCGUUCGCUCGGAGCCUUGGAUCAUCAACGUCGAGAUCUCCACCCAAUCAAGUUAUCAUACCUCACGGAAGAAUGGGCCUUCUCUCCUAUCAAGAGCCUUCGAAGAGCUAAAGCAGUAUUUGAUAGACCUAACAACACUAACUCCACCAACGCCAGGGGCUCCUCUGUUGUUAUAUGUGGCAGCUUCGCACUCAGCGGUAAGUGCAACACUCGUCCAGGAGAAGCUUGAAGGCCAAGUCAAAAAGCAAGCCCCAAUAUACUUUGUAUCCGAAGUUCUUAGUUUAUCAAAGAAAAAUUAUACAGAGUUGGAGAAGGUGCUGUAUGCUGUUUUAAUGGCCUCCAGGAAGCUUCGGCACUAUUUUCAGGCAUACAAUAUAGUUGUUCCUUCUUCACAACCGUUGAAGGAUAUUAUGAGAAAUAGAGAAGCUACUGGAAGGGUUGGAAAAUGGGCUGCGGAGCUCAAUGAAUUUUGUAUUGAUUAUGUGCAUAGAUCUUCGAUUCAAUCUCAAGCAUUGGCAGACUUCAUUGCUGACUGGACGCCAGGGGCUCAGGAAGAAGAAACGAAUAAAGAUGCUGAAGUUUGGACAGUAUUUUGCGAUGGAUCUUGGGGAACCUUCGGAGCAGGAGCAGCUGCUGUGUUGGUUGCACCUUCCAAAGUUAAAACUUGUUAUGCAACAAGACUUGAUUUCAGUUGCACAAAUAAUAUUGCUGAGUACGAAGCUUUACUUUUGGGUCUUCGGAAGUUAAAGGCGAUGGGAAUCAGGUGGGCGGUUCUUAAAACUGAUUCCCAAGUUAUUUCUGGUCAUAUUGAUAAAAGUUAUAAAGCAAGAGAUCCGAAGCUUGAAAAAUAUUUAGACACGGUCCGAAGGAUUGAGGCUUCCUUUGAAGGCUUUUCUGUUAAAAAUAUUUCUCGUGGAGAAAAUGAAUAUGCUGAUUUAUUAGCUAAGUCAGCAGCACAGGGACUGCCCUUACCUUCGGAAGUAUUUUUCGAAAUAAUAAAAGCACCUUCAGUUGAGCUUCUUGAAAGAGCGGUCCUCAACAUAUCCCCUGUUUAUAGUGAAGACUGGAGAACUGAGAUCAUCUCUUUCCUUUAGGGUAACUUUCUUUCAGAUGACGAAGCUUAUAACAGGAGGAUAGAGGCAAGAGCUCGACCAUAUGUUAUAAUAGAAUGGGAACUAUACAAGCGUGGGUCUGUUCUCCAUUACUCAAGUGUUUAUCCAGAGCCGAAGGUAUAGAAUUGAUGAAGGAAAUACACGCAGGCCUACGUGGAUCUCACAUUGGAUCUAGGCCUUUGCUUGGAAAAGUUUUCCGCCAAGGAUUUUAUUGGCCAAAGGCAGCUUCGGAUGCAGCGGAAUUAGUCCAAAAGUGCGAAGGUUGUCAGAAAUGUGCAAGAGAUCAAAAACAACCUUCGUCUUUAACUCAGUUAAUACAACCCACUUGGCCGUUGCAAAGGUGGGGCCUUGAUUUGUUAGGUUCGUUACCACCAGCACAAGGCAACUUAAGAUAUGUUGUAGUGGCAGUGGAAUAUUUUUCUAAGUGGAUUGAGGCAAAGCCUUUAGCCACAAUAACUUCGGUCACUAUUCAAAAGUUUUUCUGGCAAAAUAUUGUUUGUCGCUUCGGAGUGCCGAAGGCCAUUACUGUGGAUAAUGGGACACAGUUUGAUUCUGAAGCUUUUAGAGAAUUUUGCGAUCGAAUUGGCACGAAGAUCCAUUUCGCAUCAGUUCGACAUCCGGAGUCAAAUGGACUUGUUGAAAGAGCUAAUGGGAUCAUAAUGACAGGAAUAAUGAAGUUAAUCUGCAAUCAGCCCAGGGGAAAGUGGCCAGACGAAUUAAUCAAAGUGGUGUGGAGCCAUAACACAACAGUAUCAAGAUCAACAGGCUUUACACCAUUCAAACUAUUGUUUGGUGACGAAGCAAUAACUCCGGAAGAAGCCAAAGCAGGAUCAAUAAGAAUAGCAGCAUCGGCAGAAGACGAAGCUGAAGCUGAUUACUCUGUGGAAAAAGAUGCUAUAGAAGGGAUCAGGCUUCAAGCUGUGGAAAACAUCAACAAAUACCAAGCUGAAACAAUAAAAUGGCAUGAUAGAAAGGUUAGGCUAAAGAACAUUGAACCAGGACACUUGGUGCUUCGAAGAGUAGCCAACCCUGAGACAGUAGGCAAAUUACAGCUGAAGUGGGAAGGACCUUUUUUGGUAGUAUCUUCGUCAAGACCCGGUUCCUAUAGAUUGAAGGAUAUGGACGGCAACGACAUUCCUAGAUCAUGGAAUGCAACAAGAUCUUUUUUGUGGCACCCUUUUCCUUUCCAAAGGGGGAGAAAGGUUUUUAAUGGGGCCACAACAUGUAAUUUUUCUUUUCCUUAUUUCAAUUCUAUAAGAGUGAUAUCCCCCAAAAAUGUAAAUGUAAAUGCAAAGGAAAAAAGAAAAGAAAA